CAUUCUGUAGGUCUCCUUACAUGGUGGUGCCUUGGACAAAAGCACUGCCUUAGAGUCUUGCCCCAUUCAACAUAUGUGAGCACGACUUUGUUACCAUAGAGACUGCCUGCUUUCACCAUUCACUUUGAAGGCAGUCGGCACAUUUUGUGGGGAUAAAGAGGUUUUUAGCAAGAAAAUGUCCAAUCCCUAAUGUUGAUAAAAGAAUAUCCUCUUCUUUGGCCUUAUACUGGAAAUUGUGUGAAUACAAGGAAUCUAUCCCAGGCACUUAAAAGAAUACAGCAGCAUGGAUAAAAAUAAUUGUACUUAAAACAUAACAUGCACCUUUUAAUGAGUAAAUAAAGAGCAAAACAAUGCAGAAGAGGCAUUAAGAAUUCAUGAGGCAGUACUGUGAAGAGUAGAAAAUCUGUAAUAUUACAGAAGUAAUAAAUGAGAAAGAGAACACAUAGCAAAGACAAAGAGUAUUUAAAUUCAAAACUUUAUCUUAAGGACCAUCAACAAGUGGACAACAUGUUAGGACAUAAAUCUUAUCUGAGGUCAGAGGCUGCUUCUCAAAACAAGGUGCCGAGUGAUCAUUAUGAACGCAGGUUCAGUGACAGAGGAGCCCUAGUUUAUUAUCACUAACAUGAUACUGUUUUUAUGAAAGGUAACUGGGUGUUAAUACUAAGUCAUUUUCAUCUAUUUGAGAGAGCACAUCUCUUUCAAAUACAAAUUGUCUUGUUCUACAGAAGGCAAAUGAAUAUAGCUACUGGGUUUGUUGCCAUUCACUUUGAUGGCUCCAGUGCACCUGAGCUUUACCCCAUCUCAUUUCUUCUGGCUUUUCUCUCCUCCAUUUCUUCAGUCACUAGUUCCUUUUGGAAGGAUUAAAGUCACCCUGUACAUGUGAUGUCUUUAUUUUCUACCUGUUAUUUCCAACAAUACCACAUAGAUUCUCCUGUUCUAUUCUGCUUUUAGACUGUCUUGCCUGUGAGGGUGGUGCAGCACUGACACAGGGUGCCCAGAGAAGCUGUGGCUGCCCCAUCCUUGGCAGUGUUCAAGGCCAGGUUGCAUGGGGCUUAGAGCAACCUGGUCUAGUGGAAGGUGCCCCUGCCCAUGGCGGUGUGUUAGAACUCGAUGACAUUUGAGGUCCUUUCCAAUCCAAACCAUUCUGUGAUUCUAAGAUUCUUAUCUUACAUUAUGCCAAGCAGUACCUUUACUGUUUAAAAUGUUAAACCUCAGUAAAAGAAUUUGUGAUAGUCUAGUCUGAGGUACCACAAUAAGACGCCAAGUUUGUACAUGAAGAACGAGUGCCUAGCCUUGCUGUAAUUUUGGGGAAGAUGUCUAUUAUCUUUCUGAUAUGGGUCCUUAUUGAUUUUUAAGGUGACAAAGUGCACUUGACCAUCAUCUGGUUUCUUGGUCUCGCUUAGUUUUGAACCCAGUGAUUAGUAUCUGGCCAAAACCAUGUUUCCUGGAUACUACUCAAGCCCAGAAGAGAUCAGUGGGAAUAGGUGGAUUUGUGAUAUAUUAAAUAAUGAAGAGAAAGCUACUGGAAGGAAAUCUUGCAUUCCUAGACUCCACACAUACUGGACAGAGUCUUGGGAAGAGAAAAGUGUGGGGAAGGGGACAGGAUUGAAGGGCUCUGUCCUCCCAGAUCAUCUUUCCGUCUCCAAGUGUCUCAGAUGUUUUACACAGAUGAAAAGUAUUGCAGCUACAAGAUGCAAGUCUGUCAGAGACCCACCAUGCGUCCCCACUGGCUUCAGCUGGUGAAAGACCAGUUCCUUUCCUCCUCAUUUCAGCUACAGCAUCCUGCCUCCCCAAAUCUGAAAGGCAAACCCUGCCUCUCAUCUCAAAAUAUUCAAGUUACUCUCCUGAAUUAGGCUUGCUGUAAGCAAUGAAGCACAGAUGCUUUCCUUUAAUUGUCCUUUUUAAAAUCCAUAUGAAAGCAUAAUACUUAAUUAAAAGCUUGCCAAUCUGAAAUCACUGUGGAAAUGAGGCAAUAAAUCCUUCCAGAAAUGUGUCCAGACUAAUCCCAGAUGCAAAGCAAGGAGAGUGCUAGGCAGGAAUCUGAUUUUUGCCUAGCCUUUACCACUGAUUCACUGCAGUGCUUUCUGCAAGCCAUUUAUUGUGCAUCAAUGUUCUCACUAAUGGAGGAAAACCAGUAUUUAUUUCCUUUCAGUGUUGUCCUUAGUAUUACUAACCACUGCUUGUGUAAAUCUGUGGAUGAAAGGCAUCAUAAGAGUUCUAAGCUCUUAAUAUGUAUUACUUAUUGCACUUUAAAACAAAUGUCAUCAUACUAGGUAGGAAUUAAGAUUCCUAAGCCCACAGGGUGGGUACCUUUUCAUACAUGUAUAUAUAAAUGUCAUCAAGUGACCUGCCUCAGAGGACGGCUGACUGAAGACAGGUGAGUUGGAAUUCAUUCAUAGACUAUUCAUUCAGAGCCAGAAGCUUUGAUUUUGUUUUGAUUUAGCAUCUUGUCAAUAUUGUGAUUACUACACUGUUUCUGCCUAGGCCUGUGAUGGUUUAUGUGAUGGGAGGGAAAAAAUAAGGCUGAUAACUUAGAACUAUAUAAUCUAUCAAUUUCCUACAUGUGGAAAUAGCUACAGUGUGUAGCUUUCAAUGGGGCCAUGUAUGGAUUUGCCAUUGAAUUCACAGGUAUUGGAUCAAGCUAUAUUGAUCUGGGCUAAUAAUCAGGGCUAGCGGUAAAGCUCCAACUGAGCUACUGCAUGUACCCAGCUCUGGCCGUGACCAUUUGUUGGCCUGAAUAAGCUGUCUCAGGACGAGUAUUUCCAAUGACACUGCUGAACUAUUUGUGUUUCUGCACCCAUGCAGCCUGGUUUGCAGUAGAAAUACAGGUUAAAGAGAUUAAAAUCAGUUACUAAAAUAUUAUUAAAAUGAUUGUUAAAAUUAUUAUUAAAAUUAGUAUUAAAAUCAGAAAGGGGUUUUCAAGUGUUAACUGCAUUGCAUGAUGAUUGCCUGCAAGACCUGGGGCACGUUUUGUAUUCGAAACUCUCUUGGGAACAAAUUUUUUGUAAACCACAAAACCUGCUCAGUCUAAAUGCAUUUAGCAGCAAGGCAAAUACAGUCAAUGCUUUUUUGCAGUUGAUAGCUUUUACCUGGUGACAGUUUUGAAUUCUAUUAACAAGCACAAUGAAUGCAUUGAUUAGUAAAGUAAUUAUCUGUCACUAGUAUCGCAGAUCACAGAAUCACAUAAAUUAUCACAGAAGUAUUAUUUCAUCAGAUGGAUGCUGGAGCUGCCUCACAUACCUUAGCAGAGAAUUAAGGGUCAUAUUGCUUCAUUUUUGAAAACAUGUUUUUCCAAAAGCCAAGCAAAAAAUCUCAUUGCCUUUCAAACAGACAGACUAAAGAUGCGUGCACUCUAGCACGUUAGACUUCAAACAGUUAUUUAAAGCAAAAGUACCUCACCUGCUCAUCCUAAGGACAAGCUAUGGGUGUUCUCAUGCUAGGGGAGGAGCCAUGUGAGCAAGCAAUGAGAAGUGACAGGGGCUAAAAAAAUCCCUGCUGGCCCAGGCUGCUGACAGGGACCUCCCUGCUCCCAAGCUUCUCAGGCACGGCCUUUCCCUCUCAAUGUGGUGGUGUAAUGGCACAUGAGAUGGAGGAGACAUUCAAUGGCAGGAGAAGCCUGUACCCCCAGACAAGGAGGAAAUAAGGAUCAGAUAAGGAUUAUCACUUGCUUCUCCUCCCACCACCACUUUCUGAAGCUGGUGGCUGCAUCCCGUGCUGGGGGUGAGGGGAAGGACAUACUGCAGAGGGGGUGUCUUCACUCUCCAGCCUAUCUUCACCUGUCUGGGAGCUUUUGGCAUGCAGACUUUGCUACAGGGAUGUUGAAAAUGAGCACCAAUUCAUUCAUGUUCUGCAAACCACUGUGUUUCCAGGUCUCCUGGAGCAGCUGAGGAGAGCCAUCGCCAUGAUUCCUACACUGCUCUUGCUGGGCCUUACGGCCCUUGUUGGUGAGCCAGGGUUUGGGUUCGGGUUGCUGUCAAAAACACCCAGGAACUGUUUGCAGAGGGACUGCAGAGAGGAGGUGUACAUUCAGGCCUGAGGUCCCCUUUCUGCACGGCGCUGUAAAACCCCAUGUGGCUGAUGGUCCUUGGCUGCUCUAUGCGGCUACUCGGUGUCCACGUGCAUCCCAGACCAGCAUGUCUGGAGUACGGGACUGACACCAAAAGGGAAUCACAGACGUAUCUUCUCUUGAUUUUACCAUCUAACCUUCUCUGAUCCCCGCCUGCCCAGAAAUGAUCUCACCAAUGUGGCAAGCUCUUUGAUGCAGGCUGUUCAUUCCUCUGGAACUGAGGAAGCAGAGUAAUUUGCCCAGGCUGAGGCAAGCACUCUCCUGAAUUAAUUCCUUACCAAGUUACAGAUGGUCAUAGAAGAUGCUCCUGGCCAGGGUGCUCGGGUACCACCAGCUAUCACCCGAGGGGUCCCAGAUAAUUUUGGGCAUUGGAUGGGGAGCACCCUCUGAAAUAACUGCAGAGGCUGUGGUUCCCCUCUCCCACACCAGCCUUUGGAUCUAACAAGGCAGAUGCCUAUUCAUCUAAAUUGUCAUUAGUUUCAUUCAUUUCAACCUAUGCAAUUAGAAAAGAACAAAUUUCUGUUCUCUACCUUUCUUUGAUAAUGUUAGUAAUGGAGAGCAGUGACAACCACACAAGCAUGGCCAACACAAGCUCCAUCCAUGAGUUACAGUUGCUAUGGCGAUAUAAGUGCUCUUCAAGCCCCACUGGUCCCCUGUACAGCUGUAAGAGCCUCGGAUUGUGGACUUGCCCUGGUACGGAGCUCUGCCGAGGCAGACAUCAUACGCCUGAGGAAAUACGAGAUGCCAAUUAAGAGAGUAGCCAGAAACCUGUGCUUGGAGCCGGCGCUCAUCGCUGGCAUCAUCUCGCAGGAAAGCCGCGUCGGUCUGCUCCUGGACAACGGCUGGGACCAGGAACGGCACAAGUACGGCUUGAUGCAGCUUGGUGUGCAUCAACAGCCUUUUGGACUGUGGGAUAGUGAAGAACACAUAAAUCAGUGCUCAACUAUCCUGGUUCUUUCAAUUAAUGAAGUAAGGGCGAGACAUCCUACCUGGACCUGGGACCAGCAGCUGAGAGGGGGAAUCUGCACCUACCGUGCAAAAAUGGGCAACUUCCAGGUCUACGAGGAUGACCCCUGUGACAGAGACAGCUACUACGUCAACAGUGUGAUUAGACGAGCCCAGUACUUUAAGAGACAUGGGUUCUAGCUCAUAAACCCACACCACCACCGAGCCUCUCCUCCACAUAGACUAGCCCAGUAGUGAUGGUAGUACCCAGAGCAGCUCCUCAGGUCCCCUGGCAGGACCAAUGCUGGUGGCAACGGCUCAGCACUGCCUCCUAGGGGACCUGCUGGGACAAGACACCACAAGCUCGGGGCCUUUGGAAGCAGAUAGGGACAGCCCAGCGAUGUUUAGGCGUCAGGUGAGGAAGGUUCCUCUUCCCAUUUGAAGCUGAACCCAGAGCUGUUUGUGCAUCCCCCAACCAUGGGCACACAAGCACCUCUCUCUGUGCAUUGUCUGUGCUCUGCCCAUCUCCUUUAUCCACCUCCUUCCCUCUCCCUGGCCAAUGUGGGGAUGAAGCCCCUGAGUUAAACUCAUCCUUCCCCUUGAUUGUGCUGGCUGCAGGGCAAUGAAGAGACUUCUCGCCAAGCCUUUGGUCUCUGCACUAGCUGUCCAUGCCUGUGGCCAGCCUUGUGCAGAACAAUGCUAAACAUGCUUCUGUUUCUCACUCGAGCCCUGGAGCCCACAGGCAUGGUGGGGCUGGGGACUCCUUCACGGUGAAAAGCAGCCUCAUGCAGGAGAGGCUGUAUGGGAAGUACUCCAAGAGCCAUAGCAGGCACACAAAACAGCUUUCCAUUAGUCAGCAGCCCUGUGAGUGGGAGCCAGACCUGUACGUACCCAAGCCCAGGGGCUGUAUCAAAACAAGAGUGUUGGUAAAAAAAAAACACAACCUUUCCUGCUUUAGCUUUUGCAUCUUUAUGCUGGGUUUCCUUCAAGUUUAAAAGUGUUUCAGUACCUGUCCCUCUGUCAGGAAUCCAAACUUCUAAUUUGAAGUGAAUUAUCUCUGGGUUUGUAAGUUCUCUUUGAAAGUGUUCUUCAGUGUGGAUGGGUCUGGGUGGAAAUUAAGGUUUACUGAGAAUAAUACUGAGAAUAAGAGAGAAAAUAAAGAUAAAUGUUGAAUCCAAAUACUUUCUUUUCCCAUGGGGCCCAGUGCUCAGCAACCUGCAACUUGAAUAAUAACCCAAUUCAUUACUCUUAAAAUGGGUCUAAAACUCAAUCUGAGAACAGGAAGAGGGAAAUGGUGCUGCAGCCACUCAGGGGUGGAUGAGAAGAGCCAGACUGGCGACCAGGGUGGGAGGCAGGACAAGCCUGGCCACUGCCUCCAAACCUGUGAACAGGGAAUAAGGAUGUUCAUGUUUAGCCUUUUGAAUAAGGAUUUUGGAAGUGCUGAGACACUUUUCUGCUGGCUGUCACCAUUGUUGAUACAGAAGCGACUUGUCUUGUGGACCCCUGUGUUGGGUACUACAAAGAACUUUCAGGGUAAUAAAUCAACAUCACUGGGAGCGACCAACAUGUAAAAAUAGCUGCAUGUUAUGCUGCUGUAGAGAGGGGAAAUGCAAUUGGUGUUCUUUAAGGACUCUUACAGGCUAACAUUGCUGUGUCAGAGUCAGUAAUCAGCAAAUCAAAAAGACAGCAAAUUCCAGUCAGGGGAGAAAAAUCUUCUCUGGGUCCUGUGCUUUGUUUUUACAACCAAUGUUAGUACUGGGAAAUGUGUUUAAAUGUGCUUCCUACAAUAACCAGGAAAUGUGAGGUGGGAAGCUUUCUCUGUCAUCAACCUCAUAAGCUGCAGGCAGUAUGCGCCAGUCCCUCCACAGCUCAGGCAGGGAUCUGUCUAAAGUCUGGAGCUUCAAUGACUGACUAUUAUAGACACCAGGCAGAGAGAGCAAGUAAAAAACCUGUUUCAGCAGUAACUGAAGCAGUAGGAAACCACUGCCAAGAACAAGUCCCCAUGGACCAGAGCUGUAACUACAUGGCUGAGCAGAUUGAUCUGAUGACGGACUCUGAACACUGGAGUUAGAUCAGUUUGAGCCUCGCAUCCAUGUCUCUCCAAAAGAUGAAGAAAACAAAGGGCAAUGCCACCAUAAUAAUGCAGUGCUGAAUAACUGAGCUUGUUCUGCUUUGUUACUCAUUGAAAAAGUGGGCUGCGAUUUCCCAGCCAGCAACCUGUUCCCAGGACAGAGUUUCUCUGUGGUUGCCUUAAGCACGCUCAGGACCGCACCCCAAAAUGCUAGGCUCAUCCUAGGAGGGGGCAACAGUUUUUCUUCUUGAGUUGUGGCAUCUUCUAGUGUGGACUUCUAGCAUGGUAUUUUUGAACAUCAUCCAGGAUGCUUGGCAGGCUCCUUUGGUUUGGGUCUGCUACUUUUUGCUGGAGACUGUUGAAUCUAAUGCUUGCCUCACUUUAUUUAAUUGCUUUCCUUGAAACUAAAUGCUCCCAUGCUGGAUGCACAUGGCCUGUUUUUUCCUAUUUCAGUGUAAAAAGUGAUCCUAGAAUCACAGAACCACAGUAUGGUUUGGGUUGGAAGGGACCUUAAAGAUCAUCUAUGAUCAAUGGCAGAACUGCACUCUGACAGGCUUUCUGUAGCCUUUCUGAAAGACGAAGAAAAAGUAAGAUGAGCUGGAUUUGAAUUGGAGGUUGCUGAAUACCUCAACUAACAGUGAGUACAAGACAAAUCCAGGACAUAAACCAUGAUUUGGGACAGUUUUGAGGCUGCCCAAAACUGCCUGUACCCCUGACAUAGCAGGAGAGACCGCAGUGCUGUGUGGCUUGCAUACUGCCUCCUCCAUGGCAAGCGAGUGAUGGGACAAGUAAGAGAUGCUGCAAAGAGCACUGACAAAAGUCACAGCAUGUUCUCUGUCUCUGGAGACCCAAGCCUACAGCAGCUCUGGAGCUCUUGCUGAAGCCUGCGAGCUGCAGCCUGCUUGAUGCCGCACGGGUUGUCCUACUAUGCGGACAUGCCAUUCUCCCCUAGUACUCUGAAUACCGGUUUGUUGAGGAAAACAAUUCCCUGGGCAUGUAGACUCCGUGCAUGCAUAUAUGGUUAAACAAGAAUUUCUGGGUAGGAUCCAGAACAGAACAGAUCUACCUGCCUGUGUCAAUUACUGUGAUGUAGAAGAAGCAAACUAGUACCUCCUUUCCAAUUCUCCCCAGCAAUAAGGGAACGGUAGCACAGGCCACUUGGAGAUUACUGGUUUGUGAAUCAUCUUCAGUGGCAUUUUGAAUUUUCUUUUUCUUUUCUUUUUUAAUGUCAUUUCUGUAUAAGCCAUCCCUGUUCUAUUUUCCUUCCUGCCAGAUGUACUUCCCUCUGUUUCAACAUUCUUUAAAGUCACAUGUAAUCAUGGACAUCCAUGCAAGGGCUGAUGUGACUUUUUGCAGCUGGUUCUCGAUGGGAGGUUUUAACUGUGCAGGCAAAACUUACAGAAUUGACUCUUUCAACACAAUGGCACAGGAUUCCCCAGCUUGGAAUGUGAAAGAGCUGAUGUAAGAGUGACGCAGCAUUUCACCCUCACAGGAUUCACCAUGGGGAAGAAGCAUGUAAGGAUAGAUUAGCACUGACAUGGAGGUUUGCCAUCCAGUGGCUACUUUCCUUACUGCUGAAGAGCUACAGUAGCUUUGACCCACGUUGCCUGGUAAUUUGGACUUGUGCCUACACUUUUGUCAUUGCUGUACAAGCAGGGAUAACAAUAGGGACCUGGCAUAGUCUCUGCAUAUCCAAAUUCUCAGCAGUGCCAUUUUAUUGUUGCUGGGUCUUCACCUGCAAAAACUUUAUUACAGCCAAAAGUGCAGGUCCCCACUUUCCCAUUGUCAGCAUGUUGUUGCUUCCAACAGCUGAAAGCGGGCAGUUGUUUUCAGGCAAGGCUCACCCUAGGUCCACACUGAUAACAACAGGGUUUCAAAUUAAAUUAAAAGGUAUUCAAUUUUUAAAAUCGUAAUUGUGUUUGUGCUGUAUAGCAGAAACCCUGUUGUGCUUGGGAGAAUGCACAGCACGUUGUCAGGCAUUCCUGUUUCCCGUAAUACCUGUGGCAUGUGGGAAAUGCACUGGGCCAGCUGCUCCAAAAUGCUGCCAGCAGAGAAAAAGUCCAUUUGUUUCCAGGAAGUGUGGUGAGAUGGGGGAAAUCAUCCUGCAGCAAAUAUGUCAAGCCUGUGAUGUUUGCCUAACAUUCUUGUAAAUGAUUCACUAUACCAAAGUCUGUUUUCCAUUAGCUGCUGGGAUCAGGUUAGCGUUGUUCCUCUCAGUUGCUGUUUGCUUGUUUGCCUUCUGCGGCAGCGUGCUUAGACAACAGAAAAAUGCAGAUAAAUGGCAAGUCAAACAAAUUGCAAGUCAGAUGAACUGUAAUGGAUGUAAUUGAAGGAUGUUUCUCUUUUGAUUUUUCUUGUUGAUGGUAGCUAUGGACAAGCAAGUUGGAGCCAGGAAGUAGUAUAUAUUUCUUCUGACUCUCUCAGAUACUGUUUUCUUCUGGUAACAGAAAUCCCAACUUUUGGAGGUACCUUUCUCCAUUGGCUACGCAGGCAGUGACAGAGAAGAUUGCAGAAAAGGAUCUGGAAGACAUGGAAGAACACCAAGUCAAGAUUACAAAAUUUGGCAACAGCCAGCGUGUUGAUCCAGCUGUGACUGGUUGCUGGUAUUAUCUUUCGAGAGUCACCCACUGGGAAAGUGCUUAAGGAUGCCUGGGAUGACCACAGAAAUGCAUCUGGUUUAAUGCAAGUAUGAUCAACCUUCCUAUAAAUACAAAAUGCAUCCUUCUUCUGCAGCAGAAGGACAGAAGAGCAGCAGUGGCCUCGCUGAAAGGCAGUCCCUGAACAUUUCAGCCAACCCUUUGGCCAGAACAAAGCUGUCUCCGCUGUCAGCUUCCUGCACUGAGGAAGGACCCUGGUGAGCGUCAGGACAUAAGCAAGCUGCUUUUGCUCUGUGAAACAGCUGCUUGCUUCCCAGUGCUCUCUUGGGAAUGAAGAGAUUAAUUGCUUCUAUUUUAUACUUUA